AAGGAUAGGUACUGAAGACCUCUCUCGCGGGGGUCGGGCCAGCCUCGCGAUCGCUCAAUAUUCAACCCUUCGCCGGACGAGAGCGCCCGACAGCAGCGGCUCCUCCAGACGGGGGCACGAAUCGACCGUUCCUUCCUUUGCGCCCUCGCCCGCGGAGCUGUUCGAUCGCGGCUGACGUUCCGCCGGAGGAAGGAAGUCCUCAGCUCUCGAGAGGGAUCAGCACGCGCGGGUGACACCGCAUUUUCUUCUCUCAUAUCUUCUUCUGUCGUCCAGAGAGUUUCCACCCUUUCGUCUCUCGCGCGAUUUUUCUCACCCCGUUGUGAGUCAUCGUAACAGCGAGAUGGAGGGCAAGAAGGUCGAGCAGUUUUACACCCCGCCGCCGAAGCUUGGGAAAUGGGAGGGCUUCCGGGUCUUCGUCUGGAACUCCGAGACGGGACAGUUCCUGGGGCGCACUGGCGCCAGUUGGGCUAAAAUUUUGCUGUUCUACGUAAUUUUCUAUGCCGUCCUGUCCGGCUUCUUCGGUGCGAUGCUCGCUGUGUUUUAUCAAACGUUGAGUCCGAACGAGCCGAAGUGGCAGCUGGAUGAUUCGCUGAUUGGCAGCAAUCCGGGACUCGGUUUUAGGCCUAUGCCUCCUGAAAGCAACGUCGAAAGUACUCUCAUUUGGUACAAGGCUAGCGAUGAGGGAAAUUAUCUUCACUGGACCAGGGAGUUGGAUAAAUUUUUGGAAGAAUACGAAAGGCCGCCGAGCGGUGCGAAUAGCUACGAGAGAGUACUCUGCGAUUACAAUAGACCAGUACCAGCGGGUAAAGUUUGCGAUGUAGACAUGACUUCCUGGGGACAAUGCACGAAGGAAAACAAAUACGGCUUUAGCAGAUCCGCACCUUGCAUCUUCUUGAAACUGAAUAAGAUUUUUGGAUGGGAACCGAAAUUUUACAAUGACACCAAAAAUUUACCAGAAUUGAUGCCGGCGGAUCUUAAAGAGCAUAUCAGGCAAGAAGAAAAAUCUAAUAGAUUGGACACUGUCUGGGUGUCUUGUGCCGGUGAGAAUCCUGCCGAUGUGGAGAAUAUGGGUGCGAUUCAAUACAUACCACGUCGUGGCUUUCCUGGUUAUUACUUCCCAUUUAAAAAUACUCAAGGAUAUCUGAGCCCUCUUGUAGCUGUGUUCUUCGAAAAACCCAAAUAUGGUGUGCUCAUUAAUAUCGAGUGCAAGGCAUGGGCGCACAACAUCAUCCACGAUAGAGUUGAAAGACGUGGCUCGGUGCACUUCGAACUAAUGGUAGACUAAGCCCGGCUGCUUCAGUCAAUCGCCAGAUCACCACCGCUAUUAAUCGCGUCCAAGUAGGAAGCCGCAAGAAAAUAGAACAGAAAGAAGACAAUUUCUUUUUUAACCUGCCUCGUUGGCCGACCGCGAUCACACCCUGUACCAUCCGGUUUUCUCUCUGCCCGACGAUACCGCUCCGGAUUAGCCUUACUUCUUCUCAUUGUCAUCAUUUUCAUCAACUCAUCGUCUUCGUCGUACUUACAACGAUUGUAACAGCGUCACCCAUCUAUCAUCAGUCAGUUGUCAAGAAAAGGAGAGGGACGCGAGACAGGAAAAAGGAAGACGAGAAAGAGAGAAAAAAAGGCGAAGAAGGAAGGAGAAAUGAAAUGAAUGGGAAAGAAGCAGCGUAAAAUGAACCGAAUGGAGCAAUCAACUAUAAUCGAGAUGCACAAAACCAAA